AUGACGGACGAAUUGACUUCACCUUCACUAAAAUCUGGAAAUGUUCUGGCUCUACUUAACACAUUGUAUACCUCCGGGUUUGCAAUGGCGUCGUCUAGUACGCCAUUGUUGAAAGGAAAAACUUUGCACACCCUAUAUGCCGUUUCGUUCGUCGUCUACGUCACCAACUCUAUUUGCUCUUGGCUUCACAUCAGUUUCGUUGUGAAGGGCUACGUGACUUCAUUUCCAUUGAAUACUUGGUUGGUUAUCUCGUUGGUGGUCACUGCAGUAUGUGGGUCAAUGUGUACUUGGUUGUUGCUGGUACUUUGUAUUGAGAAUGCUUUUGCUCAUCGACUUGACAUCACUCCUUAUCGAAGCGGAUGUGCACUCUUGUUUGAAGCAUUUAUCGAAUGGACACAGGCAUUCAACAACUUCCGAAUGUCGUUUCUUAUCAUGGCACUACACGAUGCACCGAUCACAAUUUUCAACUACUUUUUUAUCGCAGCAUGCAGAUGUCCGAACCCUAAAAUACUCUCGUGGCCGCUCGUUCUAUCAGCAAGCUCGUGUACCGUGUCACUGAUAUGGCGAAUUACCGUUUUAUAUUUCUCGUACAAGCGAAUGGUAUGCUCCAAGAAGCCGGUCAAGAAAGUAUCCGGUGUAGCAGUUAAUACUCCAGCAAAAAAACAUUUUCGACAAGCAACAGACACAAGCAGUAAAUCAAAUGGAGGAAGACUUGGAGAAUACGAUGAAACUUGGCCAAUCAGAUGGGCAAGAAUUCAAACUAUCGGACCUCAUCAUGAUAGACUUGUCGACUCAUCAGAUGCAACUAGCCCCAUUUCAAAUGGGAAGCCUAGAAGCAUCCCUUCACCUGUAGAAAAACCAAAACCAGUAAUGAAGGACUUCAUGAGAAGAGCCGGAGAUUUCCGAGCUAACUUUGAUUGUCAGAGCUCAUGCAGAUACUUUUUUGGACAUUUGUUCUGGUGUAUACUCACAUUCAUAACUUAUCUUGUUUGGACGGCGCUGUGUUGGAUACCUUGCGUCUAUCAUUACACAUGCCGUCAUAAUAGUUUUUAUCAUAGACACAAAUUUUGUAGAUCUUUUAUUAGAUAUUUUUCAAUCACAUUUCACUAUUCCAUAUUUUACUUGUCUCUUGUGAUCUCUGCAAUGCUUAUUGGAAUGAAUGUGACUCUGCUUUCUUCCGUACACGGACUGGGCUCAAAUUCAAUGCCUCCAGAAAUUGACCGAAUCUGUGUCACAAUUUCCCCUGAAUCGCACAUGAUUUACACUAGUAUUCUACCGGCGUCUCCAUUCGAAACUUCCUUGCAGCUGAGAAAACGGCUGAAUAGACAAAAUGCUCCUAAAGAUCCAAAAGCUGUGACCGAAUGCAAACCGCUAUGGGAGGAUGGAGGACUUGGAAUCGGGCUAGCAAGAAGAGAAGCGGGUGUAUGGGAGAUGAGGACUCCGAUAAACAACACGAUGCUGGCGGUUUCCACAUAUGUCACCUUCAACAACACGAAAAUUCACAGUCCAUCCCUAAGAUUGGAAUACACCCAUACACUUUUCAUACGCAGAAAUAACAAUGUUAAUGAAAAAUAUACAUGUGUCAGGGAAUCUGGAUGGACCGUUGUGCCAUCUGUGACUCAACUGAAAUGGCCGUACUUCUCUGCUUGUGAGCAGAACUGGAAGUUUGCUGAGAAUCCAAACUUGAUAGAAUGCAAUCAAAUUUUUGGAAUCGGAGGGGCAAAGAAGCACAAUCAACGGCAUAAUUUUCAUUUUUUGAGAACUUAUGCAGCCAUUCGGAAAGCAUAA